AUGGAAAUGGUGGAGAUUAAUACAAAGAAGAAAGAACCACAAUUACCGGUUCGUCAAUCGCUGGACUAUCCGUGUAACGUCAGAUGCACGAAGAGAUACGUGCAACCGUCGCGGGUUAAAUCGUUCGCUCCAGAACGGCUGUACUGUCCGCCUUCGAAGCUGCUGGAAACCAACACUACCUAUCAUUUGUCCUAUUUGAAUGUGGAUUAUGGGGAAAUGCGUCGUAGCCGAUCCCAACCCAUUCGACCAGUACCUGUUCUCGCCACGUUCGAUGGGAAAUUUUCCAACGAAACGACCAACAAGUUCAGUUACAAGCCCAUCGGUCAUGUACCUAAAGCGAAACCGAUUGUACCCAGACAAAGGCCAAUGAUGACAGGUCGGAUGGAAUGCAUGACCACCGUUCGCAACGAUUAUGCUCGUAAACACGUCGAAAGACCAGAGAUCGUAGUACCAUGCGGGCAUAUUCGUUUGAGUACCGGUAAAUUGGACGCCAGUACCACCGCUAAACUUUCUUAUGCGAAUCCUGGCCACACGGAGCCCACCAUCAACUUCAAGCCGAUAAGAGCCUAUUGUCCACCCAACGAACCGGUGUGCCAUCAGACUACUCAAAAGUUGAGCUAUCAGCCUGUUCAAGUUCCUGAAAAAGAAUCGUGUCCCUGGCAGAUGAAGCCGACAUACAGAGCCCCAGACGUAGCGAUGUGCGGCAAAACAACGUAUUCCGUAAGUUAUUUGCAAAACGAUGAACCGUGCACGGAGAAACCGAUCAGACCAGUCGGGACUAACAUAUUUCCCCAUGGAGGUGACUUUGCUGGAAGAACGAUUUACAAAGAGAGCUACCUCGAAUCGGACAGCAUCGAUCGCGUAGAGCCAAUCAUUCCUUCGAACAGUAUCUCGAAAGCGGAUGGCAAGAUAUCAGGAGACACGACAAACAAAUUGAGCUACCAACCGGUCCAAACGGAGAAACGAGAUCCGAUACUACCCCGAUGCAGAAACAUGAUGGGCGACGGUCCGAUGCAAUCAGAGACUACCAAUCGUUCCGACUUUGUACCGAAAGCGUAUAUACGACCCGGCCUCAUUGUUCCCUGCAGCAACCUUCGAAAUGCCGAUAAACCGAUGGACGAUACAACUACCACGAGAUUAUCAUACGUGAUACCAGGGCCGAUACAAUGCGUUCAAAGCUUCAAGCCUGUCGUUCAAUACACCAAAUCGGCGCAUAAAAUUGAUGGCGAGAGCGUGAGCAAAUUAUCGUAUCAGGCGUGGACACCGCCUCCGAAGGAACACAUACCGUGGGCGGAUAAGGGAGCGUAUCAACCACCGACAGAUCCCAUGUGCGCCGAUACUAUUUACCAAGCUAGUUUUCCCGCGCCCGGACACUACGAAGAAAUAUGCGAGGAUCGAGGGGAUUGCGAUUGCUUGGAUCGUAAAAACCCCCCCUGCCCGACCACGUAAAUCGCGCCGCGCAAGAAUCUGAAUUACCAAAUCAUUUUCAAAAACGAAAGCAGCUGGUCUCUCUAUCGCAAGUAUCAGUGAAAUCUAAAAACACGACACGACGACACAACAAAAUCCCAAAGUCCAAUUCAAAGAUAUUUUAUUACGAUACCUUAAGAUAUGAACGUGUGUCUUACUUUACUCUUAUAUUAUAGUAAUUGCUGUAUACAGGACGAUGAAUAAUAAACGUUUUAUCUUUUACAAACAGUAAAAUUGUUCUCGAUAAUAAAAUAAACUCUAAUCUUUGAUAAAAAGAUCAAUAGACAAUAUUAACGUCCACUCUUCGGGUUUAGCUUACUACAUACAUACAUACAUACGUACAU